AUGGCUUUUGGAAAUUGCGCUCUGUUUUUCUUUUUGUCUCUGCUGAGUUUUGUGAAUGGCGCUAACUUUCCUAGCGGGUGUUCAUACUACGAUGAAAUGGAUUCCACUCAUCUAUAUAAAUGCACAUUUGGUACAGUUUCUUUACCUCUGACAUACAGUACUUUCAGUGAUCCUCUACCACAGUGGAUUCAAAUCGCAAAAAUCAACGGUAACAUCAAUGCGGGUUCCUUCACCGGAUUCGAUUCUUAUGACACGACCAAACUGAGCCACGACAAAAACCCUACUCUUCAGCUUUUCUGUACGACCGGGGGAUCCUUAAAUUUACAGGCUACAUCGUUCAACACUCUUGGAUACAUACAAGAAGUCGAAAUUUCAAACUGUAACGUCAAUUUACCUGCCAACGUCUUUUCACCGUUUGGGACAUUAAACAAGCUGACGAUCAGGGGAGGUACCCUGACCUUAAAUUCUGCCACAUUUGAGGGACUGACGAUCGAACCAAUAGAUCAAUACACCGACCCAGCAGGGGCACUAAUAAUAAAAGAUCUUACCAUUAGUGGAGGGUUCCCGACCGAUGUUUUGAAGCCCCUAAACAAAACCAAGACCAUCCGUAUAGAAAACGUUGGACUGACAUCAAUCAAUGACACUGUGUUUUCAGCCAACUCCGGACUUCACACGCUCUCUUUGAAGGACAAUCUGAUUCUAGACACCAUCCCCACUACCUUCUUUACUGGACUUGAUGGCUUGGCGAAUUUCGAUCAGACAUCAUUCCAAUGGACCUGUACGUGUGAUAACGUCUGGUGGUGGCCUAAAUCCAUCGUGAAAAAUAUCACGAUUCAAGGACCGGCUAUCUGCAGUGGCCCUGCCGACGUUGCGGGAAUGGUUGUAGGAAAGUACUAUGACACGAACUGCGUAACAACCAGUGUAUGUGGCGAUAAUAUAGGUGUUGCUAUCAGUUCCACAUGUCUUCCGAUGGGAUAUUUGGUCGGGUUUGGUCUUAUAUUUGUAAUGCUCAUCAUAUGUAUCGUAGCACUUGCCUGCAUCUGUCACUUGAGAAAGAAUGCUCUGGCUGGUCCAGUCAAAAAGACACGAAGAGGGCCUCCUCCGCCCGGUGCCAAAAAAGGUAAAGGCGGCAGUGGCGGCGGUGGCGAAAAGAAACGAAGAGGAAGCGGAUGGGUGUAA